AUGUGGCGCUGGUUCAAAUCAAAAGCAUUGGAAUUCAAUAUCUUCGAUAGUGAAGCGAUAUGGGAUGAUGAUCGUCGCCUAACAGCGAUUGUCGCUACGCGUGUUUAUGUUUUUUUACUCAUUUUUGCUAGUACCAUUGUCGUUAUUUAUACACUAGUGGAUACGCAGAUUCAAAAAAUCACAAUACGCAAUCCAUCUCAAACAAUAUUCGAAGAGCUCCAGUCGAAUCCACAAUAUCGCUCAACACUCGAAUGUCCUUGCCAAUAUGUUAGCAUUCCUCUUGGUGCCUUCAUUUCGAUCUCACCUAAGUUUCAUCAACUUUGUUCAAGUGAUUUUGUUGUUUCCAAUUCCACAUGGAUAACACUAAUGUACUCCCGUUCUGCUGGUCUCAAGUUUGCCUACGACGAUUUUCGCAUCUUUGUCGUACCAAUAUUCAAAUAUCUUACAUCACUAUGUAUUUUUUCCAAUGAGACACUGACCGAUGCGUUGAAUAUAUUCAUAUCGAAUACAUUUGUAAAUGAUCGAGCACAAUCUCGUGAUACCAUUGAGACACAAGUCAAUGAUUAUCUCGUUCAAUUUCGUUCAUCGACACUUCGAACAUUUGUGCGCACGCUCGAUUUUGUUCGAUAUACAACACAAGGCAAUGGGAUUGUUUCAUCCGCCAUGUCCAAUUGGCAUUUUCUUUCGUUGAAUACAAGCACCAGUUGGACAUCCCUGUGGAGCGAGCCUCGAUCGUAUGGUGGCAAUUGUUCAUGUGAAACAAAUGCCACGUGUAAUUCGCCAGCAUACAUCGAUGGAUGGCUUGUGCCCGGCUUUCUCGUUGGUUGUUAUCCGCAUGAAGCUCUUCUUCAGUCAACAUUGGAAUGUCUCUAUGAUAUUAUGUGUAUUAAUCAACUCAAAAGCAUGUAUUAUUCGUCAAAUGUCACUAUUCGUCCACUCGAUUAUAACAUCUCUUCUCCCAAUGUAUCUGUUCAAUCACUUGUGAAUGAAUUGAUGCUCGAUCAAUGGGAAAGUACUGUGACCUAUGAGCAAUACUAUGCUAAGUGUGCGCCUCUCUUGUGCACCUAUUCGAUUAGCCACCGAGCAAAUAUAGUGUACAGUAUAAGUACUGUCUUUGCGCUACAUGGCGGACUGUCGGUUGUCUUAAAAUUUCUGGUUCCUAUUACAGUUAAAAUUGGACGAUAUUUGAUAAGGUAUCGUCAACAACGAGUUCAGCCGAUGACGACUGCAUUUGCCGCUCGACAAUAA